CUAUUUGUCAUGCGACAAAUGAGCUGGGGAGACUCCAGAGCAAAUUGUUUAGCAUUUGGAGCUGAUAUGGUUUCUAUCCUUGAUUCCGCAGAAAAUGAUUUUAUUUACCAGCAAACCAAAAAUGUUAGUGCAACAUCCAAAUUCUGGAUUGGAUUAAUCCGCAAGAAAACGACUAUUGAUCCAAAAAAAGGCUGGGUAUGGAGUGAUGGCAGUGAUUUUACAAAUUCACAGUGGAGGCAGGGCGAACCAAAUAACUACGGGAAAGUUCAUGAAAAUUGUGCCGAGCUUUUCAAAGAUGGCAAUAAGGCAAGGUGGAAUGAUAAUAAUUGUGCCAAUUCAUUUUCUUCCAUUUGUAAAAAGAAUAAAGGUAACUUGGCAAGCUCAAUGUACACGGUACCGACUUGUUAAAUAAAAUAUUAAAAUAAUGACAAAUUAAGCAGUUCGUCGACGUUUUCCGCUCUUACUAAUUUGACAUAGAAUUGUAUGCGACUGUCGCGAGUUUAUUUAAUGUGUGAGAAGAAAAAUUUUGAUAUGGUAAGGAUGCGAGCGAAUCCAUUAACUGUUAACUUUCUUCGUUUCAGUUUUUCAAACUAGCGAAUUAAAAUUUGAAUUAAUCACGGACAGCCGACACGAGAGCUUGGAUUCUGAAAUACCCUCACAAGCCCAAUUAUAUUCACGAGAAUGUUUGCUGUAGUGAAGUAACAAAGUUUAAUUUAGCUAUACCAAGAGUUAUCUGAAGACACCCAACUCCACGUUAUAUAGCUAACAUCAAUCUUUCAGGACCAACUAAACCACAGAAGACUGAGGCUCGCGCUCUAUUUAUAAGGAGCGAAGGAAGGAAAGAUGCAACCAAAAUAGCCAGACUUAACAUAUGUCACACGAAACUAUCCUCGAUUUUUCGCCUAUAAAUGCAUUUUCUUCAAGAAUAAUCGAUAUUCCCUUCAAGAAUGAUACAGUAUAACUCUCAAAACAACGAUGCUUUAAUCAAAGAGCUUAAAUUCGCUAAAGGGAAUGACAAUAUUCGGCCAAAAUAUAUCCGCGCGCAAAUUUGCAGGACAACUCAAAAUACACUCAAACCGAAUUGGACAACGCAACGAAUAUCCCCUCCCGGUGGAGAAAAAUAUGAAAUGUUUGUUGAUAUUCGUUGUCCAAUCAGGUUUGAGUGCAUUUUGUGUUGUUCAACGACUUCCGGUUUUUGUACUGCAAAUUUGCACUCGGAUAUAGUUUGGCCGAAUGUUGUCAUUUCCUCACGGAUUUUAGAGCGAAUUUAAGCUCUUUGGUUAAAGCAUCGCUGUUUUGAGAGUUAUACGGUAUCAUCCUUGCAGAGAAUAUUGAUUAAUCUUGAAGGAAGUGUAUUUAAAGGUGAAACGUCGAGGAUAGCUUGUCUCGUGUGACAUAUGCCAAGUUUGGGCUAUUUUGUCGGAUCUUUCCUUCCUUCCCUCGUUAUAAGGAAGUCAAUCAAUACUCUUUUUACGCGCAGCAAUUUUCGGUUUGUUACUUCUAAAGUAAACGUUUAGUUAUACUCUGUACGGUAGCGUAGUUCAUUAUUUUUGAGCAUCUUUACUUUUGUACUUACUGUGUACUUUUGUACUUACUUUUGUACUUACUGUUUGGCAAAUUUUGUGAUUUUUCGAAAAUUUUUGUUAUGCUCCCAAAAAAUAGGUUGUCCGGAAAAUUUUUUUGACCCCUAAAAUGGUACACUGACCGAAAUUUUUUUGGCGACGGGGGGGCGGGGGGGGGGAGGUCGCCAAAAUAAUUUUUCCGGAAAAAUUUUUGGUACUAGUCGGGCAGAAUCCCGAAAAGUGGGGCAAUUUUCUUUCCGCCCCCCUAAUUUUUUCCUUCCAGUACGCCCAUGUUUGGGACAAAAUACAUUUCUGAACCUUUAAACAUUCUGGAUGUAUUUUUACGUGCGACAGCAGUAGGCGAAGUGCCACGUUGUAGCAUUACGCACCACUCGAAAAUGACAUUUAGGCACGAUUACUGUGUAGACAAGAAAAACAUGCAUGAGUUUCUAUGGAUUUAUUUAACAUGACGUAUUAAUAAACGGGCAACACUGAAUGCAGACUCGUGGUGAGCAUCACAUGUUGUCGCAGGAACAUGAUAAUUUUUCGUUCCGUUGUUUAAUUAAAUAUGUGUACGUACAAGAAAUAAAAAUUAAUAGCUAAAAUAUUUAUUACUUUUACAACAAAUUGAAGGUCUGAAAUAUAUGCUGUGGCUUUUGUUAUUUUACGUUUUGUAAGCUUUGAUUUGAUAUAUGAUUUAAUUAAACUGAAGAGCUUCGUAUAAUAUUUUGCAAUGUUCAUUCAACUAAACUGCGUUUGCGGAUAAGCUAUUUUUGACUUAGUGAAACAAAAUAAGAACCUAAAACAGUCACAGAAUAACACUUUUGGUGUUUAUUCAACUGCUUGAAAUUAACUGUGCAUAUUUAUUGUGGGCAAGUUCACGACAAGACGAAAGCAGUGUAUUGUGGCUCUGAGAAAGCAUUAGUAAGCAUUGCUGGCAAUUAUUCGCACGUUCACCUUAAGUAUGUAUUUGGUUGGCCACACACAUAUGAACAUGUCUAUAUCAAUUGCUUGAUCGCCUUAAUGAUCUGAGUAUAUAUUAUCCAAUGAAAAAAUGGGUUCUGGCAUUUCUUUCGUGCAAAUCAAGAUAUGUUUGUUUCAUUGAAACAUUAACGCAUAUGAUUUUUUUUGUGUUGGUGUAGUGUACUCAGGUGAAUAUGAUAUUUGUCGUGUUACUCUGAGUGUGUAUCCACACCGGGCGAGCUUGAAAAAUAUGCCCGGCCACGGUGGGAUUCGAUCAAGCUCGUCCGGUGUGGAUAUACCAUUGGUAUUGAAGGAACUAGAUUCUGUUCCGAAAUAUCACUUACUCGAACCGUCCUGACCACGUAGCUCAGUUGGACGAGCAUUGGGCUAGAAUUCCAAAGGUCGUAGGUUCGAAUCCCACCGUGGCCGGGCAUAUUUUUCAAGCUUGCCCGGUGUGGAUAUAUACUCAGAGUAACACCACAAAUAUUAUAUUAUUAAUGCAUAUAUCACUGUUUCAAAAAUCUACAAUUUUCUUAAAUUACUUUUUCAGUGAACGCAAGUCAAGAAUGUUCAAAAGACUGGAAGGAAUUUAGCGCUUCAUGCUAUUUCAUACCCUAUAUACAAGCGCGAGAAAUGAGCUGGGAAGACUCAAGAACAAACUGCUUAGGAUAUGGGGCAGAUCUUGUUUCCAUUCUUGAUUCCAACGAAGUUGAUUUUGUCCACAAGGAAAUAAACAAACUAGGGAAGUAUUCGAAGUAUAAUUUCUGGAUUGGGUUACUUCGUAACAAAACUAAAAAGAAUGCCUGGAUCUGGAGUGACGGCAAUAAGUUAACAAAUCCUCAGUGGAUUAAGAACGAACCAAGUAACACUGACAUGAUUGAAAAUUGUGCCAGUCUUUCCGCAUAUGGCAAUUGGACAGAAUGGAAUGAUGUUCAUUGUGCCUACUUAUAUUCUUCUGUUUGCAAAAAAGAAAAAGGUAACUUAUGCCCGUCCUUUCCACAUAAUACCGAAUUUAGAAAAAUAUGUAAAAAUAAUUAUUUAUAACCAAUAUCAUGCACAAUCACAUUUACAUUUAAUAACACAUCAUCCUAUACAAAUCUUUGUUAUUUCUACAUGUUAUUUCUACAUUCGACUGAGUCAUUUCUUCCGGCCUACUCUUGCCAAACACGAACUGCCCAGAUGGUGUUGCAUGUGUCUUGUCACCAUAUAAGGUAUCUUCUCAAUACGCGUUUUUCAAGAUUCUUUUCUUUUUUCUCUGUUUCGUUUAAGGACUCGGAAUCCCGAUGCUUCUUCAUUUGGUUGCUCUAAUCUCUUUCCAUAAGUCUACAUUUUCUUCUGAAAACGUUUUGAACCUCAUUUUCAUAAGGCCCCAUGCAUGGUAACAAAAGUAAUAAUACACAUAAAAAUAUUACUCGACUGUGAUUGGUCGAGUUCAGUGCAGUAAAUCCCAAACAGCAGUGCAAAAAUCUGUAACCACAGUGCAAUUUUCUGUAAUCGCAUUGCAAUUUUCUGUAAUCACGGUGCACCUAUCUGUUAACACAGUGCAAAAAUUUGUAAAAUACUGAUCUGAUUUGUUGAAAAAUAAUGUGAUGAUAAAAUCAACCGAUCAGUAUAAAGCAGUCCUCAAAUAACGGUCACAGCUUGCUUCAAGACAAAACAAACAUGGCGCUGCGCUACAAAAAGUAAAAGAUGACGUAUUUUUUCUUUUUUAGAAAUGGAAAUAACCCCUACUUUAUUAAUCAAGACUAACACAUUUGCAUAUUUGAGUGAAAUUUUGAAACUAUGGAAAAAUUUCAAGUUUUGGAUGUUGCAAAUUUACAACAAAAAUUUUCGCAAACACCUUCUAGUCAAUUAGCACCUAUAAAUUCAAAAGGCCUUUUAGCCUUCCAUGUUUGUGCGCAAUGCAUUUUUAGCGGCAAAGCAUCGCUUGACCUAAACACCUUUCGUACCACGGGCCUCUGUUUUAGUGUGUUUAUAGGCGCAUUUAUAUUUGAAUAAGGCGAACAUGUACGAACAACUUAUGGGCUAACAAUGGUCUAAUGAUUCCUCGUGUUUUUCAGCAAUAGAAUUUGCGUCUUUUCAGUCUGCAUAUCCUGAACUUCCACAGCAAAAUAUAUUAAGACACAUGUAUAAACGCUAUUAAUAAUAAUGUUUGCCAAAAUGAAGAAUAAAAUAUGUAUAAGAACAGAGGUUUAAUAUUCCCAUAACCGAAUUUUGAUUUCAUUCUUAAAAUUCAGUCCACACAGAGAUGCGUAUGCGAGAAAGGUGACUGGCGGUUCUGGAACUAAAACAUUCCCGAAACUCGGAAUUAAUAAAUCCCUGCUAUUAGAAUCACCGUUUUGUAGUUCAAUUCAAGCUAUACUCAUUCCUCUUUUUACAUACUUCAUUAAAAUUACCGUAAAAUGACCCUGCAUUUGCCUCGAAGCUGAACCUCGAUAAGCGAUACUCAAUAUUAUCAUGCAUUCAUACAAUAAACAAAGACCUAGCAUUUACGAAACUUCUACAAACAUUUCUUUUCAGGAACUCAGGAAUGCCCCAAUGGCUGGAAAAAGUACAAUAACGCAUGCUACUUUUUUGUCAUACCUAAGAAAGUAAUCCGAAAAAUGAGCUGGGAAGACUCCAGAGCUGUAUGCUUAGGUCACGGAGCUGACAUGGUUUCUAUCCUUGAUUCCUCGGAAGUAGAAUUUGUUCACGGGCAAACAAAUACAGAUGCCCUAAAAAACUAUAAAUUCUGGAUUGGAUUAAUCCGUAAGGAAAAGACCUGCGAUGAUAAGGAUGGCUGGAUAUGGAGUGAUGGCAAUAAAUUUACAAAUCCGCGGCAGUGGAAAGAAAACGAACCGAAUAGCUGCCAGGAAAAGUGUACCGAAUUUAUUGGAAGUAGCAGAAAGUGGAAUGAUAACAAUUGUACAAAAACAUUCGCUUCAAUAUGCAAGAGGACUAAAGGUAACUUACAAAAUGCCGGUAUAAGAGUAUCAUAA